AUGCUGAACGCGUGGCAAGCGAAGAUAGCACCGGAAGUUGUGCUUCCCCUUCCGUCCCAGACGUUCAUUGCAGGCACUGAGGAGGCCCGAAAAACAUUCAACCCUUCCUAUACGGGCAUUUUAGCCCCGGUGGAUACGGCGUUAACAUGUGACAUUCUAGCGUUGCAAGCAAUGCACAGCCGCCAAAAUUGGCAAUGGGUGGUUAUCGUCGAGACGGCCGCUGAGCUCCGCGAAAUCUCAGCACAUAUUGAGUCCCCCAACCCGAACAGAAUCGUCAUCGCCGUCGUCAGUCGAGACGGCAAGGAACAGUGCGCGAUACGCAGUGCGGCAUUGAAUUAUCUCGGGGGCAUGGGGUUGGUCAUUCCUACGGGGAGCGGGGAGAAAACGGGUAGGGCCGUGCAGCUGGUCCAGCGCUUGCUUCACGCGUGGGGUCAGGGUUCGCUAGACAUGACGAACAGUGACCACGCCCCGUUGUUGCGUAUAUGGGGGGAGCCCUCGUUGUCAUCGGCAGUGGACGUCAUUAUUCCACCGGGCUGGGACUCGGAGGGCAAGAUUCGGGCGGUUGCCGAUGCUGCUGGCUGGGAUUAUGACGAAAUCAUUCGGGAUUCAUCAUGGAACCGUCCAACGAGUAGUGAGGAAGCUAUUCGGCUUCCUGUGCUGACAGAAGCUGAAGAGAUGGUUAAGUUUCAGGAAGAGGCGGCGAAGAUGAGGGAAGAGGAUAUGAGGAAAGAACAGUCAUGGCUCAAGUCCCUUGAGGUUAAAAUCGCUACUCACCAGCAAGCACAGGAGGCGGCAACGGAGAAGGCGAAAAUCGCUUCUGCGUCAGGGUCAGCUGCAAAGAGCAAGCAGACUGUCCCGGCCCAUCCGAAGCCAUCUCGCGCGAAAGCCGAUUUCUUCCAGAGGUUAUUGGGUCGGUGA